CCAUGGACAUGUUGGACCCGGGUCUGGAUCCCGCUGCCUCGGCCACCGCUGCUGCCGCCGCCAGCCACGACAAGGGACCUGAGGCCGAGGAGGGCGUCGAACUGCAGGAAGGCGGAGACGGCCCUGGGGCGGAGGAGCAGACGGCGGUGGCCAUCACCAGCGUGCAGCAGGCGGCGUUUGGCGACUCCAACAUCCAGUAUCAAUUCCGCACAGAGACUAAUGGAGGACAGGUGACAUACCGCGUAGUCCAGGUGACUGAUGGUCCCCUGGACGGCCAGGGCGACACGGCUGGCGCCGUCAGCGUCGUGUCUACCGCUGCCUUCGCGGGGGGGCAGCAGGCUGUGACCCAGGUGGGUGUGGACGGGGCAGCCCAGCGCCCGGGCCCCGCCGCUGCCUCUGUACCCCCAGGUCCCGCAGCGCCCUUCCCGCUGGCUGUAAUUCAAAAUCCCUUCAGCAAUGGUGGUAGCCCAGCGGCCGAGGCUGUCAGCGGGGAGGCAAGAUUUGCCUAUUUCCCGGCAUCCAGUGUGGGUGAUACCACAGCUGUGUCCGUACAGACCACAGACCAGAGCUUGCAGGCUGGAGGCCAAUUCUAUGUCAUGAUGACGCCCCAGGAUGUGCUUCAGACAGGAACACAGAGGACAAUUGCACCCCGGACACACCCCUACUCCCCAAAAAUUGAUGGAACCAGAACUCCCCGAGAUGAAAGAAGAAGAGCUCAGCACAAUGAAGUGGAGCGGAGGCGGAGGGACAAGAUCAACAACUGGAUCGUUCAACUCUCAAAAAUCAUUCCAGAUUGUAACGCAGACAAUAGCAAGACAGGAGCGAGUAAAGGAGGGAUCCUGUCGAAGGCCUGUGAUUACAUCCGGGAGCUUCGCCAGACCAACCAGCGCAUGCAGGAGACCUUCAAGGAGGCCGAGAGGCUGCAGAUGGACAAUGAGCUCCUGAGGCAACAGAUCGAGGAGCUGAAGAACGAGAAUGCCCUGCUUCGAGCCCAGCUGCAGCAGCACAACCUGGAGCUGGUGGGCGAGAGUGCCCGGCAGUGACACCCACCUGCCCACCAUGCAGCCGCCACCAGUGCCGGCCUCUGCUGCCCCCUACCCCAGCCCUUAGCACAGAGAGGGACACUCGCCCCUCCCCCAGCUGCGUUUUUUUAUAGUAGAUUUUUAACAAAAAUGGGGAGAAAUAAUGCAUUUCUGUGGAUACAGUGCCCACCACCCUUGACUUGGAAAUGAUGUCCUCCUUCCCCAUCCGUCUGUCUGUCUCCCUUCUCCUGUCCUCACUAAGCCCCAGCACUUCUAGUGCUCUCACCUGGAGGCGAGAGGGAGGAGGACAGGCCCUGCCAUAUCCGCUGCCUCCUCAGUCUCUAGAGGUGCUGAGACAGGGUGCUUAUGGGAAAGAGGGGAGCCUGUGGGGGGCCAUCCCUGCAGCAGGGAGGCCACAUCCCACCCCACCUCUUGUUUCUGGAUCCCUGCUCCCCUUUGGGUGUGUGUGUGUGCGCGCGCGGGCGUGUGUGUGUGCGUGUGUAUGUGUGUUUUAAUUUUCUUUAUGGAAAAAUGGACAAAAAAAAUAGAGAGGUAUUUAACUGCAAUAAACUGGCCCCAUGUGGCCCCCGCCUUGUC